AUGACAUCUAUGCGCUCAAUUGCACAUAAUUUGCUGGGAAUAGGCCACGAACGUUUGGCGUGUCAAUUUUAUGCCCCGCCCACCAAUCAGCGUCUUUCUUUUCCACAAUCACAAUCACAUCACCAGCACGAAACGACAACUCGUCCGAUUGACCAGCUACGUAAUCGAAUAGCGCGGUGGCUGUGUUCUGAUUGCCUGCAUCGGAAAUUUUCGAACUCACAAGAGCGACAUAAUCACCAGGAAACCAUCCAGCGCUGGCUCGACCGUCACGUUGCAAUUCACCUUCCCACCAACCAGUGUUGCUCUUUUCACGGACAGAGACAAUGUCACCAAUUCGUAGGCUCAAUUGAUUUGCUGCUGUUGCUUCAAAAUCGGCGACAGCGCGAGCUCGACAAAGUAUUGGUAUCGAGGCUCCUACCGGUGUUUCACAUUUUUGCACAUAGUUGGCAGGAAAGAUUCCUUCACGGCCAUUACAUCGCCCUCUCCACCAAUCGUCGUUUCGCUCAAGAACCAUAAUUCGAUCCCCAACUUUUAGCGACAAAUCGGUUGGUUCAACAGCAUCGAAAUCGAACAUGGCCACAUACCAAGUAGGGGCUGUUGCAGGUGACUCGGUUGGUGUUCCAUCCCAUAAUCAACAUUUCCCGUUCUGUUAUCGAACAUGCAUUCUCCGGCUUAGAGGCUCCUGUAGAAAUUAAGUCUUACCCUUCUCUCGAAUCUGUCCAGCUUUCCAGCCUGGUUCGGCAGCGUGUGACUCAAAAACCAGAAUAACGUCACCCGGCUGGAAGCUUAGCUCAUCCUCGCUCCUGGCGUUGAAUUCGAACAAGGCUCGAUAUUUCGUUGUGCCUCCGGCGCUAGCAAGUGGUAAUGAGUUACCAGUAGAUGAAACGCUAUCUUGUUUCACAACCGGUGCUGCAUCUUUAUUGGCUGCAGAACCAUUCGUCGUAGCUGCUGUUGUAUUGGUAGCCUGGCCUGGAAACACUUCCCCGAAUGCCAACGCUUGAACAGUAUUCGCGGCUUCUUCGGCUGCACGACGCCUACACUCCUGUUCCCGUUCGGCUUCCUCCUUCGCCUUAGCCUCGGCCGCAAGCCUUGCAUUCUCCGCGUCGCGUUCGGAUAACUUCGUGCGAGCCUGAACAACUUUUUUUUUGUGGAAAACCAUGUUAUAAAUAAGAAAGGCCUCUAUAAUCCGCAUGACGUCGAAAGAAAGGUUGCCCAGUACCUGAGUUUGCAAAUCCGCCAGUGUAUGCAAUACUCUUCGGUAAUCAUCGCGGGCCUUGACCAACUCCGCUCGUGCCGUUUCGUAAUCUUCGGUUUUCUUUGUUACGUUCGCUUCCGUGUCCACCGCCUUCUCACUGAGCGCCUGGAGUUGGAACGUCAACGUUUUCUGGCGUUGCUGACGCUGCGCUGUCAACUCUGCUUCACGCUGUUUCUGGGUCUGCAUCUCCUUCAACCGCAUUUUCUCAGCCUCAAUCUGCCGUUGGCGUUCAGCUUCUUUACGAGCCGCUUCACGCUCAGCUUGACGCUUCAUCUCUUGUUCUAAUCGAGCUUCUUCUAGUUGUCGCAUACGCUCUUCAAGGUAUCGAGUUAGAUAUCAAGAGAAUAUGA